GCUCACAGGCCGGCGUGUGUACCGCAUUUCCUGCUACGACAAAAUAGCUUUUACAUAACGCCAAAGAAAAACAAUUAUAACCGAGGGUUUAUAUAUGUGGCCUAUAAUGUAUAAAACUACAAAAUAACAAACACGGACGCUCUAGAUUUACACGAGGACCACUUUAUUUCGUUUUGUCUUCAAGUUCCGCUUCCGCACUUCUGCUUUGCGCGCUUUCAAAAUAAGAGCUAAAGGCGUAUUCUGUAUAAAGACAAGUCCAAUAAAAAAUAGGUUAGACACUUUUAUGUUGUUUCAUCUUUCCAUGUAGCCUAAGUUAGUAAGGACUCGCAGGACAUAAAUUAACGUUUUAGUGUUGUUCGGCACUUUAAAAAAGGGCGUGUCUCUUAUCGUGGGAGGAUCUUUUAAACACUUUUUUUUUUUUUGCGACAAACGUCCUCCUCCUGAAAACAUGUUGAGUGAAAGUUGAAAGAGUCCUUCCGUGGAGCCUAAGGAAUGCUCGGCAAAGACAACACGUACCAAGAGUUCAACGAUGACGACGACGCCAAUGUCGAGAACAACGGGCGGUCUUCGGACUUCUUUGGGGACCCGGUUGAAGACGACCAGGAUCCCGACGACAGCGUUUCACCAGAGGACGAGGCGAGGGGCAGCCCGUCGUCCGUCAUGGUGAGCAAGACCUGCCUGAAGAACGUCUUCACGGUGGUGCUCAUCUUCAUCUACCUGCUCCUCACCGCCGUGGCCGCCUUCCUGGCCUACCAGACCAUCUCCGACUUCCUGGAGAAGCUCAACAACCCGGUCAUGUCCGUCACCUACAGGGAGGUGGACGUCUUCUCGCCGCCGGGUAUCGCUCUGUACCCGGGCAACGCGCAGCUGCUGAGCUGUCGCCACCACGACCACGACCGCAUCCCGCCUCUGGUGGACCCCGGCAAGCCCCAGGCGGGGGACUGCGUCAUCAAGGAGGUGACCUACCAGAGACCCUUCACCAACGGAACACAGAAGGCGCUGGUGGUCCGUGGCCCCUCGGACGUGAGGAACAAGGAGCUGGUCUUCAUGCAGUUUAGUCAGAACGAAACGGAGGAGGAUUUCAGCGCCAUCACUUACAUGCUGUUCGCCAAGUUUAGUGACUUCGCAGACAGAUUGUGACCGCAAACGCGUGGAGCUCGGUGGCCAUUCUGUGCGGCGUUUUUAUGGCCUUCUUCAAGGCGGCCAACUUUGCCAAACUCAGCGUCCAGUGGAUCAUCCGGAUGCGCAAGAGGCACCGGAGGCACAAAGCCAGGGAGCUGAGUCCCAUCACGGAGGAGAGUUCACCCAAGUGAUGGGGUCACGCUCAUCCACACCCCACCUUUUGAGAAAGGGUGGGGACACGCAGGCAAUAGUUGUGUGAAUGCUCCAAAACAUACACCAAAAUUCUUCUAUUUAUUAUUAUUCUUCUCCACAUUUUUCACCCGAUUCAAACCGUUCCAACUUCAAACUGUUCAGCCUAUUCGGGAAUUGUGGGCUUUCCCUUGACGAAUUCCAAAAAUUCCCGGAUUACCCAGAAUUCCAGGUUUUCCGGGACAUUUUUGCCAUUCAAAAUGAAUUGUCCAUUUUUCCAACUUCCACCAUUUCCACAUUUUUCACCCGAUUCAAACCGUUCCAACUUCAAACUGUUCAGCCUAUUCGGGAAUCGUAGGUUUUCCCUUGACCAAUUCCAAAAAUUCCCGGAUUACCCAGAAUUCAGGGUUUUCCGGGACAUUUUUGCCAUUCAAAAUGAAUUGUCCAUUUUUCCAACUUCCACCAUUUCCACAUUUUUCACCCGAUUCAAACCGUUCCAACUUCAAACUGUUCAGCCUAUUCGGGAAUUGUCGGCUUUCCCUUGACAAAUUCCAAAAAUUCCCAGAUUACCCAGAAUCCCAGGUUUUCCAGGACAUUUUUUCCCAUUCAAAAUGAAUUGUCCAUUUUUCAAACUUCCACCAUUUCCACAUUUUUCAACCGAUUCCAAACGUUUCAAGUUCAACAUAUUCCACUCAUCCUGGAAAGUCAAACUAUUAUUUUUCCAAGUUCAAAUAAAUUCCAGGAAUUCACACAAUUCCCAAUUUUCCACACCCUAUUUCAACCCUUUUUUCUGGCGACUACUCCUUCCACAUUUUUCAACGCAUUUCAACUGUUCCACGGUCAAAACAUUCCUCUUAAUCAGAACAAAAAACAAAGAUGUUUUUUUAACUCGAAAAAUUCCCGAAAUUCCAGGAAUUCUGUAAAUACCAUUUCUCAAUUCAACAUGUUACUACUUCAACAUUUCUCCACCGACUUGUAAAAUUCCAACACCAACCAUUUCAACUCAUUCACAACAUUCAAGUUUUUUUUAGGAAACUUUUCCGGAAAUUCCCAAAUUUCAGGGAAAUUCCCAUUGAAAUCAAUAGGACAUUCUUCAAAGUUCCACAACUCCCACAUUCUUAUCUGAUUCAAACCAUUCAACCUUCAAACUGUUAAGCCUAUUCGGGAAUCGCGGGCUUUCCCUUGACAAAUUCCAAAAAUUCCCAGAUUACCCAGAAUUCCAGGUUUCCCGGACAUUUUUCCCAUUCAAAAUUAAUUGUCCAUUUUUCCAAUUUCCACCAUUUCCACAUUUUUCACCUGAUUCAAACUGUUCAGCCUAUUCGGAAAUUGUAGGCUUUUCCUUGACGAAUUCCAAAAAUUCCCAGAUUACCCAGAAUCCCAGGAUUUCCAGGACAUUUUUUCCCAUUCAAAAUGAAUUGUCCAUUUUUCAAACUUCCACCAUUUCCACAUUUUUCAACCGAUUCCAAACGUUUCAAGUUCAACAUAUUCCACUCAUCCUGGAAAUUCAAACUAUUUUUCCAAGUUCAAAUAAAUUCCAGGAACUCACACAAUUCCCAGUUUUCCACACCCUAUUUCAACCCUUUUUUCUGGCGACUACUCCUUCCACAUUUUUCAACGCAUUUCAACGGUUCCACGGUCAAAACAUUCCUCUUAAUCGGAACAAAAAUAAAGAUGUUUUUUUAACCCGAAAAAUUCCCGAAAUUCCAGGAAUUCUGUAAAUACCAUUUCUCAAUUCAACAUGUUACUACUUCAACAUUUCUCCACCGACUUGUAAAAUUCCAACACCAACCAUUUCAACUCAUUCACAACAUUCAAGUUUUUUCUAGGAAACUUUUCCCGAAAUUCCCAAAUUUCGGGGAAAUUCCCAUUGAAAUCAAUAGGACAUUCUUCAAAGUUCCACAACUCCCACAUUUUUAUCUGAUUCAAACCAUUCAACCUUCAAACUGUUAAGCCUAUUCGGGAAUCGCGGGCCUUCCCUUGAAAAAUUCCAAAAAUUCCCAGAUUACCCAGAAUUCCAGGUUUCCCGGACAUUUUUCCCAUUCAAAAUGAAUUGUCCAUUUUUCCAAUUUCCACCAUUUCCACAUUUUUCACCUGAUUCAAACUGUUCAGCCUAUUCGGAAAUUGUAGGCUUUUCCUUGACUAAUUCCAAAAAUUCCCAGAUUACCCAGAAUCCCAGGUUUUCCAGGACAUUUUUUUCCAUUCAAAAUUAAUUGUCCAUUUUUCAAACUUCCACCAUUUCCACAUUUUUCAACCGAUUCCAAACGUUUCAAGUUCAACAUAUUCCACUCAUCCUGGAAAUUCAAACUAUUUUUCCAAGUUCAAAUAAAUUCCAGGAAUUCACACAAUUCCCAGUUUUCCACACCCUAUUUCAACCCUUUUUUCUGGCGACUACUCCUUCCACAUUUUUCAACGCAUUUCAACUGUUCCACGGUCAAAAGAUUCCUCUUAAUCGGAACAAAAAACAAAGAUGUUUUUUUAACUCGAAAAAUUCCCGAAAUUCCAGGAAUUCUGUAAAUACCAUUUCUCAAUUCAACAUGUUACUACUUCAACAUUUCUCCACCGACUUGUAAAUUUCCAACACCAACCAUUUCAACUCAUUCACAACAUUCAAGUUUUUUUUUUAGGAAACUUUUCCCGAAAUUCCCAAAUUUCGGGGAAAUUCCCAUUGAAAUCAAUAGGACAUUCUUCAAAGUUCCACAACUCCCACAUUUUUAUCUGAUUCAAACCAUUCAACCUUCAAACUGUUAAGCCUAUUCGGGAAUCGCGGGCUUUCCUUUGACAAAUUCCAAAAAUUCCUGGAUUACCCAGAAUCCCAGGUUUUCCGGGACAUUUUUCCCAUUCAAAAUGAAUUGUCCAUUUUUCCAAUUUCCACCAUUUCCACAUUUUUCACCUGAUUCAAACUGUUCAGCCUAUUCGGAAAUUGUAGGCUUUUCCUUGACGAAUUCCAAAAAUUCCCAGAUUACCCAGAAUCCCAGGUUUUCCAGGACAUUUUUUCCCAUUCAAAAUGAAUUGUCCAUUUUUCAAACUUCCACCAUUCCACAUUUUUCAACCGAUUCCAAACGUUUCAAGUUCAACAUAUUCCACUCAUCCUGGAAAUUCAAACUAUUUUUCCAAGUUCAAAUAAAUUCCAGGAAUUCACACAAUUCCCAGUUUUCCACACCCUAUUUCAACCCUUUUUUCUGGCGACUACUCCUUCCACAUUUUUCAACGCAUUUCAACUGUUCCACGGUCAAAACAUUCGUCUUAAUCAGAACAAAAAACAAAGAUGUUUUUUUAACUCGAAAAAUUCCCGAAAUUCCAGGAAUUCGGUAAAUACCAUUUCUCAAUUCAACAUGUUACUACUUCAACAUUUCUCCACCGACUUGUAAAAUUCCAACACCAACCAUUUCAACUCAUUCACAACAUUCAAGUUUUUUCUAGGAAACUUUUCCCGAAAUUCCCAAAUUUCGGAGAGAUUCCCAAAUUUCGGCAAAAUUCCCAUUGAAAUCAAUAGGACAUUCUUCAAAGUUCCACAACUCCCACAUUUUUAUCUGAUUCAAACCAUUCAACCUUCAAACUGUUAAGCCUAUUCGGGAAUCGCGGGUUUUCCCUUGACAAAUUCCAAAAAUUCCCGGAUUACCCAGAAUUCCAGGUUUCCCGGACAUUUUUCCCAUUCAAAAUUAAUUGUCCAUUUUUCCAAUUUCCACCAUUUCCACAUUUUUCACCUGAUUCAAACUGUUCAGCCUAUUCGGAAAUUGUAGGCUUUUCCUUGACGAAUUCCAAAAAUUCCCAGAUUACCCAGAAUCCCAGGUUUUCCAGGACAUUUUUUCCCAUUCAAAAUGAAUUGUCCAUUUUUCAAACUUCCACCAUUUCCACAUUUUUCAACCGAUUCCAAACGUUUCAAGUUCAACAUAUUCCACUCAUCCUGGAAAGUCAAACUAUUAUUUUUCCAAGUUCAAAUAAAUUCCAGGAAUUCACACAAUUCCCAGUUUUCCACACCCUAUUUCAACCCUUUUUUCUGGCGACUACUCCUUCCACAUUUUUCAACGCAUUUCAACUGUUCCACGGUCAAAACAUUCCUCUUAAUCGGAACAAAAAACAAAGAUGUUUUUUUAACUCGAAAAAUUCCCGAAAUUCCAGGAAUUCUGUAAAUACCAUUUCUCAAUUCAACAUGUUACUACUUCAACAUUUCUCCACCGACUUGUAAAAUUCCAACACCAACCAUUUCAACUCAUUCACAACAUUCAAGUUUUUUCUAGGAAACUUUUCCCGAAAUUCCCAAAUUUCGGAGAGAUUCCCAAAUUUCGGCGAAAUUCCAAUUGAAAUCAAUAGGACAUUAUUCAAAGUUCCACAACUCCCACAUUUUUAUCUGAUUCAAACCAUUCAACCUUCAAACUGUUCAGCCUAUUUGGGAAUCGCGGGCUUUCCCUUGACAAAUUCCAAAAAUUCCCGGAUUACCCAGAAUCCCAGGUUUUCCGGGUCAUUUACCCAUUCAAAAUGAAUUGUCCAUUUUUCCAACUUCCACCAUUUCCACAUUUUUCCCCCGAUUCAAAUUGUUCCAACUUCAAACUGUUCAGCCUAUUCGGGAAUCGUAGGUUUUCCCUUGACGAAUUCCAAAAAUUCCCUGAUUUCCCAGAAUUCCAGGUUUUCCGGGACAUUUUCCCCAUUCAAACUGAAUUGUCCAUUUUUCAAACGUCCACCAUUUCCACAUUUUUCAACCGAUUCCAAACGUUUCAAGUUCAACAUAUUCCACUCAUCCUGGAAAGUCAAACUAUUAUUUUUCCAAGUUCAAAUAAAUUCCAGGAAUUCACACAAUUCCCAAUUUUCCACACCCUAUUUCAACCCUUUUUUCUGGCGAUUCCUCCUUCAGCAUUUUUCAACGCAUUUCAACUGUUCCACGGCCAAAACAUUCCUCUUAAUCAGAACAAAAAACAAAGAUGUUUUUUUAACUCGAAAAAUUCCCGAAAUUCCAGGAAUUCUGUAAAUACCAUUUCUCAAUUCAACAUGUUACUACUUCAACAUUUCUCCACCGACUUGUAAAAUUCCAACACCAACCAUUUCAACUCAUUCACAACAUUCAAGUUUUUUCUAGGAAACUUUUCCCGAAAUUCCCAAAUUUCGGGGAAAUUCCCAUUGAAAUCAAAAGGACAUUCUUCAAAGUUCCACAACUCCCGCAUUUUUAUCUGAUUCAAACCAUUCAACCUUCAAACUGUUAAGCCUAUUUGGGAAUCACGGGCCUUCCCUUGACAAAUUCCAAAAAUUCCCGGAUUACCCAGAAUCCCAGGUUUUCCGGGACAUUUUUCCCAUUCAAAAUGAAUUGUCCAUUUUUCCAACUUCCACCAUUUCCACAUUUUUCACCCGAUUCAAACCGUUCCAACUUCAAACUGUUCAGCCUAUUCGGGAAUCGUAGGCUUUCCCUUGACCAAUUCCAAAAAUUCCCAGAUUUUCCAGAAUUCCAAGUUUUCCGGGACAUUUUCCCCAUUCAAACUGAAUUGUCCAUUUUUCAAACGUCCACCAUUUCCACAUUUUUCAACCGAUUCAAACCAUUCCACCUUCAACACAUUACCACCAUCCUGAAAAUUUAAACUAUCUUUUUUCAAGUUAAAAACAAUUCCAAGAUUUUCCAGAAUUCCUGUUUUUCCAAAGCCCUAUUUCUACCCUUUUUUCUGGCGACUUCUCCCUCCACAUUUUUCAACGCAUUUCAACUGUUCCACGGUCAAAACAUUCCUCUUAUUCGGAACAAAAAUAAAGAUGUUUUUUAACUCGAAAAAUUCCCGUUUUUCCAGGAAUUCUUUAAUACCAUUUCUCAAUUAAAAAUGUUACAAUUUCAACAUUUCUCGACCGAUUUGAAAAAUUCCAACGCCAACUCAUUCAAAACGUCCACAUGUAUUAGCAUCUUCCCCCCCAAAAAUCGUCUUUUCCCCAAAUCCCCAAAUUUCCAUGAAAUUCCCAUUGAAAUUCCAGGAUUUUCGAAAAUUCCCGGUCUUUAGUGGCAUUUUUCCUAUUCAAAAUGAAUUAUCCAUUUUUCAAACUUCCAACAAUUCCCAUAUUUUUCAACUGAUUCAACUCAUCCUGGAAAUUCAAACCGCCAUUUUUCCACGUUCUACAAAUUUCCAGGAAUUCCUGUUUUUUUUAACAGCCUCUCCACAGUCUUCCAUCGCCAGAUGCAAGCUGAGCCUACUCCCCCCCCCCCCCUCCUUUUCUUGAAAGGGCGGGAAAUGACUGCCACGGCCACCUCAGCCCCCGGUCUUCUCUUCAUUUUUCCCUUGUUCUUCUUUUUAUUCCUCUUCAUUUUCUUCCAAUUCGUCUUUUUUUUCUUCUUCGUCUUUGUCUUUUUCUUCAACUUCUGUAUCAUUUUCUUCAACUUCUUCUUCUGUAUCAUUUUCUUCAACUCCUUCAUCUUCUGUAUCAUUUUCCUCAACAUCUUCUUCUGUAUCAUUUUCUUCAACUUCUUCAUCUUCUGUGUCAUUUUCCUCAACAUCUUCUUCUGUAUCAUUUUCUUCAACUUCUUCAUCUUCUGUAUCAUUUUCCUCAACAUCUUCUUCUGUAUCAUUUUCCUCAACUUCUUCUUCUGUAUCAUUUUCUUCAACUUCUUCUUCUGUAUCAUUUUCUUCAACUUCUUCUGUAUCAUUUUCUUCAACUUCUUCUUCUGUAUCAUUUUCUUCAACUUCUUCAUCUUCUGUAUCAUUUUCCUCAACAUCUUCUUCUGUAUCAUUUUCUUCAACUUUUUCAUCUUCUGUAUCAUUUCCCUCAACAUCUUCUUCUGUAUCAUUUUCCUCAACUUCUUCUGUAUGAUUUUCUUCAACUUCUUCUUCUUCUGUAUCAUUUUCCUCAACAUCUUCUGUAUCAUUUUCCUCUACUUCUUCUGUAUCAUUUUCUUCAACUUCUUCUUCUGUAUCAUUUUCUUCAACUUCUUCUUCUUCUGUAUCAUUUUCUUCAUCUUCUUCUUGUUCUGUGUCAUUUUCUUCAACUUCUUCUUUGGUAUAAUUUUCUUAAAUGUUUUUCUUCUUCUGUAUCAUUUUCUUCAACUUCUUCUUCUUCUGUAUCAUUUUCUUCAACUUCUUCUUCUGUAUCAUUUUCUUCAACAACUUCUUCUUCUGUAUCAUUUUCUUCAACUUCUUCUGUAUCAUUUUCUUCAUGUAUAUGUAUAUGCACCUUAGGAGGAGCUGCUCCAAUUUCGUUGUUCUUUGAACCUGUUCAUUGCAAUAAUGACAAUAAAACUCUAUUCUAUUCUAUUUUAUUCUAUUCUAUUCUAUCUUCUUCUUGUUCUGUGUCAUUUUCUUCAACUUCUUCUUGUUCUGUGUCAUUUUCUUCAACUUUUUCUUCUUCGGUAUAAUUUUCUUAAAUUUUUUCUUCUUCUGUAUCAUUUUCCUCAACUUCUUCUGUAUAAUUUUCUUCAACUUCUUCUUCUUCUGUAUCAUUUUCUUCAACUUCUUCUGUAUCAUUUUCUUCAACUUCUUCUUCUUCUGUAUCAUUUUCUUCAACUUCUUCUGUAUCAUUUUCUUCAUCUUCUUCUUGUUCUGUAUCAUUUUCUUCAACUUCUUCUUCUGUAUCAUUUUCCUAAACUUCUUCUUCUUCUGUAUCAUUUUCUUCAACUUCUUCUUCUGUAUCAUUUUCUUCAACAACUUCUUCUUCUGUAUCAUUUUCUUCAACUUCUUCUGUAUCAUUUUCUUCAUCUUCUUAUUGUUCUGUGUCAUUUUCUUCAACUUCUUCUUCUUCGGUAUAAUUUUCUUAAAUUUUUUUCUUCUUCUGUAUCAUUUUCCUCAACUACUUCUGUAUCAUUUUAUUCAAAUUAUUCUUUUUCUUCUGUAUCAUUUUUUUCAACUUCUUCUUCUUCUGUAUCAUUUUCUUCAACAACUUCUUCUUCUGUAUCAUUUUCUUCAACUUCUUCUAUAUCAUUUUCUUCAUCUUCUUCUUGUUCUGUGUCAUUUUCUUCAACUUCUUCUUCGGUAUAAUUUUCUUAAAUCUUUUCUUUUUCUGUAUCAUUUUGUUCAACUUCUUCUGUAUCAUUUUCCUCAACUACUUCUGUAUCAUUUUAUUCAAAUUCUUCUUCUUCUUCUGUAUCAUUUUCUUCAACAACUUCUUCUUCUGUAUCAUUUUCUUCAACUUCUUCUAUAUCAUUUUCUUCAUCUUCUUCUUGUUCUGUAUCAUUUUCUUCAACUCCUUCGAUAUAAUUUUCUAAAAUUUUUUCUUCUUCUGUAUCAUUUUGUUCAACUUCUUCUGUAUCAUUUUCUUCAACUUCUUCUUCUUCUUCUUCUGUAUCAUUUUCUUCAUCUUCUUCUUGUUCUGUGUCCUUUUCUUCAACUUCUUCUUCGGUAUGAUUUUCUUAAAUUUUUUCUUCCUCUGUAUCAUUUUCCUCAACUACUUCUGUAUCAUUUUAUUCAAAUUAUUCUUCUUCUUCUGUAUAAUUUUCCUCAACUUCUUCUGUAUCUUUUUCUUCAACUUCUUCUUCUGUAUCAUUUUCUAGAACUUCUUCUUCUUCUUCUGUAUCAUUUUUAUCACCUUCAGGGGGCCAUUCUUGGAAAUUCAAACUCUUCAACAUUCUUUCAGGAAUUCCUCCAUCUAGUUACAUUUCAAAAUCCGAGGCAUUUCUUUCCACUUCCAUUGAAGGCAGUUUUAUGCACAGAAAUGAACAUAUUUUACUGAAAAA